AUGUCUACUUCAACUUCAAAUUCCAAACCAUGGGCGGACCAGCCACUUGCGCUGAUCCCGACUCCGGCUUUCCUGACCAAACAGCAUAACAUGUGGAUCUCGGGAGCAAGCCACAUGUGCAACGUCCACAAUGUCAUUUUCCGCGGGUAUAACUCUAUUUACCUCCAGGCCCCCCACGUCCAAGAAGCAGACAUGGGCGCCUUCCUGGGCAGCUUCUCUGCUUCAGGAAACUUGGUGACAGUGUUUUUGAACAGACACAUGAAGAACAUGGUGAGUUUUUUUCGAAUGCUUGCUUCUCUCCUUUCUUGGCUGUUAACAAAGGGAUGCCAAGACGCAUUCAUGCCCUUACUUCAGGCCUUCCAGAAAUACUUGGAUUCGUUGGAAAAUGGUAGCCAGUUAUCGUCGGACAAGAUACUAUCCCUCAUGUCCGCAUUUCAGCAGCCGUUUGAAAUCCAUUUCCGGAACGAGAUUGAACUCAUCGCGUCACUUGCAACCCACCCAAAUGCUCCCAGAGAAGGUAGUACUGAGCAGAUCGAAGCUCAAAAGAACUUCGACAAGUGGGGUUCGAGUUCAGUGACAAGAAGUGGCAUCACGGACGUUCUGAUGUUUUUCUUUCACAACUUGGACAAUGACUACGAGGAUGGGUUAUGGAAAGAUUGGCCAGAUAUUCCUGGUCCGGUCAGAUGGCUUAUGCCUAGAGUGAUUGGAGGUUGGCACAGACAGUGGUGGAAGUUUGCCAGUUGUGAUGUAGAUGGAAAGCGUAAAGAGUUAUGUUUGCCUUCAGAGGAACAUACCGGUAUAGAUAAAAGUCUCUGUAACACGCGAUAA